GCAUCUUGUUCCUCAAUAGGUACCGUUAAUGAUGCUUCCGUUCCCGCUUAGGGAUUUUAAUGCCGUUUCCGUGUUACGUAAUUUUGUUUUAGCUUCUCCUGAACUCUGGAAUUGACCAUCUGACUACAGAUGACAAGCCCGUGGUUUUCGACUUUGUGCAACGGGAACCGACGGUCCUUGACCAGAGGCAAGGUGUGAGAAUCUUCUGGUGACGCUCGCGGAUAACCAGGAGGUUAGAGUACAAAAUCACCUGGCCAAGUUUGAUGACCAGCAUCUGUUCGCCCUAUAAGGCGCUACACUUGCACCCAGGUUCAGGGGUUGGAGGUACUCGGGCGUGAUCUUAAGAAUAUCGUACGAGAACAACCCUUGAGUGGUUGAAGGAGGUGUUUGGUAACCUCCCACUGUUGUGGAAGGCUGCACACCCAAAGGUAAUGCAGGAAGACUGCCUUUCUAGCCUCCUAAAGGCUACCAUUUGGGUCCCGGGAGAACCUGACGAGCUGGUGAGGGUUAAGCGACGCUUGGAGGUACAGAAUUCCUGGGCAAAGGUAAGCAGGUACCCCACUAUUAUAAAUAUAAAGAAAACAUGCAUAUUCGAAACGUGGAGACCCUGGUGGAGAUGGAUUUUCGUGAAAAGUCCUCCGGUACGGGUGGGAGAUGAAAAUAAAAAGAAAAUCGUUGGGACCCGGGGGGUACCGAGGAUGAGCGCGUCCAACCGUCUAGGGUAGAAUUUUUUAUCGCCUCCCCCCCCACCCACGGGGGCGUUGCUGUAAGAUGUGAAAAAACGCGAAAAAACACCUUUUCGGACGGGAAGUUAUUCGACGUUCGGGGUCGGUACUUUCGGAAUCCGUAGCCGUUAGGGGUGGUCACUUUUGAAUUUUUCUUCGAUCCCGCUCGACGACCCCGGGAGGUAGGAGGAGGGCGUAAAGUGCAGCCGCCAGACCGUUUUCAGUAUAUAUACGCAACUUUAAAAUUAGUAGCGGACGAAGGAGGGGAGAUACGAAAAAACUUUACGUUGCGUUUAGGAUCUAGCUCAAGGGAGGCUGAUAGUUUUCGUCAUUGAGGAAAGAGACCAGGCUAACCUAAUCACCAAGGUGGAAGGCGAGGGGUCAUCUCCCUAAUAUACGGGCUGUAUUCUGUUCACAAAAAAAGGAAAUGUAGGGAGUUUCGGACUCCCCCGCAAUUCUAUAAAAACCUCAAAUUGUCAAAGUAGGUGAAAUAUCUGAUGAUGUCGGUUUUCUAUGUGAAUUUAAAAGAAGCAUUAAAACUGCAAGGUCAUGCAGGUUUACGUCGGUAUCAGUUUGAUAAGAGACCUUUUGCCUGACCUAAGAAAUUCCAAGAGAUAAUGGGGGUUAAAUAGAAGUAUGAUUUCAGAAAUUGCAUCCUUUCCGUCCAUUUAAGUAAGUAUAAUAAACAGUAGCUAAUUAAUGAGCUGCAGAAACAACAUCCGAUUACGUCAUUAGAAGCGAACUUAAUGAAAUAAGAUUUUGGAAUAUGUCCCAGAUUUUAUGAUGACCAAAAGCCGAUAAAUUAAUUAAAGGUUUUCAUACACUGGGCUGUUUGGGAAGACCGGCGUUCCCUCCAUGCCAUGGCCGAAUUUGAUAAAAGUGAUUUUGUUACUUGUUCCGGCACUCAAUUCAAAGAACUAUUCUACGAGUGUUAGUAUAAAACAGGGCACCUUAGAAGGAAGCGUAAGGAAGACUUGGGGUGGCCGAACAAUUUUCGCCUUUCAGGGUAUUCCGUACGCUGAACCUCCAAUCGGAAACCGCCGCUUUCAGCCUCCGCUGCCAGCUCAACCAUGGGAAGGAGUUUUGAACGCCACCAAAUCCCAUCCAUUCUGUCCACAAAGCGACGUAUUUCGGAAUGAUUUGCAAGUCUAUGGAAAGGAAAACUGCCUAUUCCUUAAUGUCUAUGCUCCCAACGUUACCGAUGAACAAUAUCCUUUGCCUGUUAUUGUCUUCAUUCAUGGUGGAGGAUUCAUUAGUGAUAGUGGCAAUCCGGAACUCUACGGACCAGACAUAUUACUUGAUAAGGACCUUGUAUUGGUUACUGUCAACUACCGUCUAGGUGCGUUGGGUUUUCUAAGCUUGGAAGAUGACAUCCUUCCUGGAAAUAACGGCUUGAAAGACCAAAACAUAGCGUUACUGUGGGUCAGAGAUAAUAUCGAAAGUUUUGGGGGUGAUCCUGGCAAAAUUACCAUUUUUGGAAACUCCGCAGGUGGAGCUAGUGUUUACUAUCACAUCCUUUCCCCACUGAGCAGAGGAUUAUUUCACGCGACAAUUUCGAGCAGUGGGAUUGCUACGAGCCCUUGGGCGUUAGCAAAACCUGGCGAAGGUCGGGCGGCUGCCAGAAAAUUGGCCAAGUCGUUAAAUUGCUCUGCUUCAUCCAGUGAAGAGAUUGUCAAGUGCUUACAAGGUGUCGAUGCCCAUGACAUAGUUAGACUGGUUCAGAAUUUAAUGGAGUUUCAUUACGAGUGCAGUAUACCACAUAGACCGGUUAUUGAACCAAAAAAUCCCGGAGCUUUCAUCAGCGAUCACCCAAUUGACAUAAUUAAAUCCGGAGAAUUCUCACAAGUUCCAUACAUGUUGGGGUUAACAGCAAAUGAUGGAGCCUUAAAGUCAGCAGCUAUUUACGCCAAUCAUAGCUUAGUUGAAAGACUGAACAAUGAAUUUGAGGAUAUUGUUCCGAUAAUGCUCUUCUAUGGCGACCAAAACUUUAAACAGAGGAUUACAGCGAUUAUUCGAAAGUUUUAUUUUAAUGACAGAUCGAUCGGUAAUGAUACGAAGUCGGAACUAACAGACGUGCUGACAGAUGGGUACUUUUACUACCCUCAAAGAGCCACGAGUGAAAUACACGCCAAAUACUCCAGUCAACCGGUAUACUUCUACUUAUUUGGCUACAAAGGCACGCUCAGAGCUUCGGCUUACUUCGGGGACCCAACGUAUGACUACGGUGUAUGCCAUUGUGACGAUUUAAAUUACAUCUUGAACCAUCAGUACAUGUCCAGCUAUAGACCAACGGAGGCCGAUUUAAAAAUGAACAACCUUAUGACUACGUUGCUGUAUAACUUUGCAAAGACAGGAAAGCCCACACCGGAGAUUACUUCCGUUCUGAAAACGCAAUGGAAAGCACUAAAGGAUAAUGAGUUUAGGUACUACUCCAUAAUUGGACCGGACGAUGUGACGAUGAGAGACCGUUUAUUUGAAGAUCGAUAUAACUUUUGGAAGAAGCUAGAUAUUUAUCCUAAACUACAAAGUGAAGGUGAACCGAUUAGUAAUGUGAUAUGAAGGGUGGUAUAUUAGAGCUCUGCCCAAAAGCUAGACAAUUCAGAGACGAAAAAUUGGACCUCUCUGGGAAAUAUUGCAAUUUGCUUGAAUCUUCCCUGUACGAUAAGCUUUUAUUCUAUCAUCGAAUAAAGAAAAAUUCUUUAAUCUUUC